AUGAUGCAGCAAAUUCUACAGGAUAUGUAUAUUGAACCUGACCUACUGGCUGAGCUUAGUGAAGAACAGAAACAGAUCCUCUUCUAUAAGAUUCGAGAGGAGCAGGUGCGACGUUGGAACGAGAGGGAGAGCAGAGACCCCAGACCUGAUGUGCACAAGAAGAGUCACCGCAGAGGCAUUCAGUGGCUUCUGGGUAUGGAUGGAGAAGUGUGGGUGUGGGUACUGGGGGAGGCCCCUGGAGACAAUCCCUUUGAAGACAUUGUGGAGGAGUUGAUGAAGGAGAGAGCCAUGAAGCUGGCCCAACGAGAGGCACAGGAACUCCGGCGUGUGAAGGAGGCAGAGAUUGAACAGAAGUUUCGAGAUGCCAUGGCAAAGGAAAAGGCUCGCUUCGUGGCUGAGAAAUGGAGGGAGGAGACGGAUGACAGAAAGGCAGCCAAGCAGGAAGACCGCAUUAGAGAGAAACUGAAGAAAUGUGAGGAAGAAGAGAGACAGAGAGGCGAGGAAGAAAUCCGGCAAAUGGAGGAGCGGAGAGCAAAGGAGCUGUACAUCUCUUUGAAGCAGGAGGAAAAGAGGAGCGAACGCGAUGACAAAGAAUGGCAGGAACAAUUGCGACGCUCCAAGGCAGCAGAUGAGGAGAUGAAAUGCAAGGCACGGAGGGCUAGAGAUGAAUACAAGCGCCAGUCUCUGCGGGCUUUCAAGAAGGGCCUGGUGGCUGGGCUCAGUGGACUGUUUUAUAAGACAAAUCUGAAUGGUAUGGGUCACAACCGACUCCACGGCACGGUCAUCGAACAUCCGACCCUCUCGGCUGAGGCCAGCUAUUCACCAGCAGCUGUUUGGAUUCGUCCACCCAGGCCAAGCUCUAGGGAAUCUAUCAUCCGCUGGUUUAAAGAGGAGCAGAUGUCGAGACGAGCGGGAUAUGAGCGAAGCAGCAACUCCAUUGCGCCAUGGUUCCAUGGAAUAAUAUCACGGCAGGAGUCAGAGGAUCUGCUGAUGAACACAGCAGAGGGCUGUUUCCUGGUCAGAGUGAGUGAGAGGAUCUGGGGGUACACUCUGUCCUAUCGCACCGCCUCCAGCUUCAAGCAUUUCCUCAUCGACGCCUCGGCUGAUUAUUACAGCUUCCUAGGUGUUGACCAGAACCGUCACGCCACUUUAGCUGACCUCAUCGAUUUUCAUAAGGAGGAGGUAAUCACUACUUCAGGAGGAGAACUACUUCAGGACUCCUGCAGGCCAAGAAGCUCCACAGCUGACUAUGGAGGGCUUUUUCUCUGA